CUUCCUUGCGAGUCACCUGACUCUGGCCAUCCCCGUCAUCGCAGCUGUCCUCUUCUUCUUUGUCAUCAGCUGUCUGCUUCAGACGAGCUUCAGAGAUCCAGGUAUCCUGCCUCGAGCCACCCCGAGUGAAGCCGCAGAUCUGGAAAAGCGGAUCGAUAACAUGGGGACCUCGACGUACCGCCCGCCAGCCCGCACCAUGGAGGUGGUGAUAAACAAGUACGUGGUGAAGCUGAAGUACUGCUACACGUGCCGGAUGUUCCGCCCGCCGCGAACCUCUCACUGCAGCGUCUGCGACAACUGCGUCGAGAGGUUUGAUCACCACUGCCCCUGGGUGGGCAACUGUGUGGGGAAGCGCAACUACCGCUACUUCUACGCCUUCAUCCUCUCCCUCUCCUUCCUGACCGCCUUCAUCUUCGCUUGUGUCGUCACCCACCUCACUCUGCGCUCUCAGAGAGAUGGAUUCCUCACCACGCUGAAGACAACACCUGCAAGUGUGCUGGAGCUGGUGAUUUGUUUUUUCUCAGUCUGGUCUAUUUUGGGCCUCUCAGGUUUUCACACUUACUUAGUUGCCUCCAACUUGACCACAAAUGAAGAUAUCAAAGGGUCCUGGUCAAAUAAGAGGGGCUCAGAGUUUGCCAAUCCUUACAGCCAUAAAAGUAUCCUCACAAACUGCUGUGCGGUGCUGUGUGGGCCCUUCCAUCCCAGUUUGAUAGACAGAAGAGGAUUUAUUCAGCCAGAAGUCGGCACGCCGUCCAGUCCUAAGAAUGAACCCCCUUCCUUUGGAGCCAAAACUGACACCAGCAUGGUAGGAGGCAUUCCCUAGUGGUGCCGUGUCACAGCCCACUUGGGCCUGCACCAAACUCCAGCCACUACCUUCCCUCUUACCAUCCCCCUGGCCUCAGGCGGGACAGCCCUGUGACACAGAGCUGCCAAAGACUCAGAGGAGCCAUAUGUUGCCUUUUUUUUUUUUUUUAAUUUAUUUAUUAUUUUUGAUUAUUUGUCUCACUGUGAUGUGGCCUGCCUGGACUUUCAACUGAUAGAGUGUGCAAGACCCUCAGACUCGAGCAGAAAGCAGGGGUCCACACUGCAACUGGGAAGCAAAUAGGUGUGAGAGCCACUGGCCUGCUGGGCCUGGGGCUCCAGGGCUGUGCUCAGCCCGAGGAAUGAGGAGGGGGGCCAAGGAGGGCAGGUGGGCACAGGCCACCAGUCCGUGUUCUGAGCUGUGUUGCCCGGCCUCAUCUUUUGGGCUGGCAGAGAUGGAAGUUCCUUGGUAUUCCCGAUAUCUCCGUGAAUGCCUUCUGCUGUGUGGAGGGGUUUGGUGUCUUAAUGUCCGCGUUCCCGGUGGCUGCAGGAGCAGCUCUCUGUUCUGGAAGCUGCUGUGCCUUGAUGAGUUGCGGCGGGUUUCCCGGGAAGGCUCCCUGGCUCCCAGCAGGUGAGGAAGCUGCCUAGAUGUCCCAGCUGCCGUUUGAUCCCGUUUUCUGGCUGGUCUCUAAGGGAGUGCUGAAGAGCUCUGAGUUUCAGCUGGAAAGAGCUUUGCAGCCAGGGCAUGAGUUAGGAAAAAACUCAUCUUCACAGGGAAAAAGGCAAAACUGUGCAGUGUCCAGCAGCCCUCGUGGUGAGAUGCUGCCUGGAAAAGAACAGUUGUAGGAUUUGACCUCAGCUUGCCAGGAAAGCCCGGCUCACUCCUGUCCGUGGGACUCUUAAAGGCAACAGAAGAGCAGGUGAAUUCCUGAGGGUCACAAUCUUCCUAGCGGGAGUUACCCAGGGGAAGCGCUGAGCAGGUGCUGGUCUCUGGUAGCCUCAUGUUGUGCUCUUGGGUUUGAGUUUGUGGCCAGCAGAUGACAGCAGGACUGUCCACAGCCCCUCGGGAACGAUCCCUGUGUCCUGGCACGGGCUUCCCACACUGCUCCCAAGGCAGCUCUGCAUGUUCCUAUCACUGGAGCACACAUAGAGGAGAGUACCAGACCUUGCCAGCAAUACUUGAAUCGUGUUAUUAAAAGCUGCUGGAUAUUUUUGCACAAUUUGUAGAUUUUUUCUACGUAGAAAGUUUUAUAUUUGGUGUAGCUAGUGCUGUGCAUGUUAGCAGCGGGGCAGCCUUGCAGUGCUUCGUGUCAAGCCGCCUGCUUUCGGUUCCCGUGGCUCGGCCACAGACACCUCGUCCUAACAGCAAGGAGCCAAGGAGCUCCUCUGCCGCCCUCCCCAGCUCUCCGGGGGUGGCACGGCAGCUCCCUCGGGUGCUUUUCCUUGGCCGUUUUGUUUCUGGCACCUCGGAAAGGUGCCCCUGGCCGCGUGGUUGGGAUGGGGGUGUCAGCCCGCUGUGACCGCCAGCAGGAGGACAGGGCGACACCGGCACCGCGACACCCUCCUGCUUCCUCCGGAGACCCGUCCCAAGCCAAACGCUUCCCUGUUUGUCACCUUACCUGGCAGCAGCUUGUGCCCGGGCAGGGAGGGAGCUGGCACCGUGCGGUGCCAUCUCUGCUUCUCCCAUGUUCCCGAAGGGAUUGGUCGCGGCCCUCGAGGAGCCUCGGUGCUCCCUUCCAGCGGCAGCCGCGGGGAGCCAGGGGUGCUGCGGGGCCCAAUGCCUUCCAGCUUCUAUUUAAACCGGUUUCUUUUGUUACUCGACAUAAUAAAAUUAUAUUUUUAAAGA